GCCUGAGUCAUGUGCUGGGUUGUGAGGUGGGGGAAUUUGCAUGCAGCCCUGGGGAGCUCUUGAGUUUUUAAGCAGCGGAGUGAUGGGGUCAGAUUUGGGCUUUAGUUCCAUCACGCUGGAAUGGAUUAGAGAUGGGGAGGACCAGUUGGGAGGUUAUUGCAAAAGUUGAGGUACAAGAUGAAGGUGGCUUGGACUGAGUCAGUGAUAGUGGGGUGCAGAGGAAGGGCAUAGUGAUUCCAGAGAUAUUUAGAGGAACUGAUAGGCUUGGUAUCCAGUUGGUGGUGAGGAAGGAGGAUCUAUAGGUAUCGAUAAUUAAGACUAUGGUGGAGUACUCCCCUAAAUUAGGUGCUUCUCUUCUAGGUGCUUUCCUAGCUUGAAUACUCCUUGCCAGGUACCCCUCUGAUUCAGGACUCUGUGUCCCAGGCCUGCUUGGCACCUGGGGAUCUCCCUGGAUCCAGGAGAUCUGGCCAAGCCUGAGGCUCACAGGUGUCUUCCGGCCCUCCAUGACUGAGAUAAACCAAACCAUGGUGGGGCCCUCGGGGCUCCCCACAGCGUCAGCCAUGUCCCCUGAACCAGGCACAGGGGCCCGCGCAUGGCCUGUGCUGGUGGGAGUUGUGCUGGGGGCUGUGGUCUUCUCUCUCCUCAUUGCCCUUGCUGCCAAAUGCCACCUCUGCCGCAAAUACCGCACCAGCUACCAGCACCGCCCACUGCCUGAGACAAGAAAGGGUGUCUGCCCAGAGGUGGGUGAAGAUGAGGAUGAUGAUGGCUUCAUCGAGGACAAUUACAUUCAGCCUGGUGUCAGUGGGCUGGGGACAGAGGGUGGCAGGAACCACUUCCCCCUCUGAGCCCUUAUGUGUGAAUAUUGCCCAGCCCCCUCAUGCCUGACAGAUUAAGGACAGCAGAUACUGCAUGGGAGCCGUGAGCCUCAGGGACAGAGGUGGCCAGGGUUAAGGGGCGGACCAGGGGUAGAGCAAGCCUCCCUUCUGGGACACUAGCCACCUAAGUGACAAUGACCCUCUCUUACUCAGUUACCCUCAAUGGCUCCCUGCUAUUCUCAGGAUAAAGCCUACCAAGGGCCUAACUAUGGAAAUAAGACCUCUGUCAGCCUCUUGGUUUCCUUUCUUGCCUUUCUCUGCUAUACUUCCCACUUCACUAAUUUUUAUUAUAUACCAGGUGAUAACAUAUUAGCAGGUGAAAAUCAGUGUGCCAAGUUUCCUAUUGAAGAUUUCCCAUAUCAAUAAAGUGGGUAAUCUAAAUGGUUAUAAUAUAUUACCUUUCCCACAGGUAUUAAUAAAUCUAUUUUAAUUCAAAUAAAAA